AUGGCAACGAUAUGGCACCCACUCCCUGGGAGACUCCAGUCCGUCUCCGUCGCAAACAAAGACAACAUCUGGGGGGUCACCCUCGACCUCCAACUCUGCAAGCUCAACUCCAAAACUCAACAGUGGCAACUCGUCUCCGUCACCUCAGGGUCUAUCAACCGAGCUCGCCCCACCUUUUCCUCUGCACAGUCUCUUCAGUCGGUGGUCUCACAUUCUUCCUUCUCUGCCGCCAAAAAGUUUUCGUCAUAUCUCCCUUCCCUCGGCAGUUUCACUUCUUCGGCGCCUUCUACUCCUACUGUAGGAGCGAUAGCAACUAUUUCACCGACUACAACAACAACAACAACAUCAAAAACAGCAGCAGCACAACUAAAGAACAAUGGUGGCACACCGAGAUCACCAGCGAUGACCCGUGCCAACACUUCAGCAUCGCUCCUUGGUGCAGAUACAGGCGAGGAUACGGUAGUUCAAGUCUCGGCAGCGUCGGAUGGGACAGUUGUGCGACUGGACCGAUCGUUGAAGGCGUGGUACAUGAUUGCACCGCAAAACGACCAUGUGGAUUACGAGAAGGAUGUGAUCUGGAUCGACCUUGGGCACUUUUGGAAGUGUGUCAGUGUGGCAUCCAUCUCGCAGAUAUGGGGUCUAUCUGAUUACGGCGAUAUUUACUACGGGACAUCUGAUCGGUUUGUACUGCUCGAGCAUGCCAUCACCUCAGGUGCAGGAUACAACAAACCCACCUUCACCCACAUCUCUGUCGGACACGACAAUGUCGUCCUCGCCACCGACGCACAUUCGGGGACAGUCUUUCGAGAUUUCAUUGUUGGAGUUGCAAAGGACGGUCGCGUCUACCGUUACAGUCGUAGUGUUUGGACCCCCUUGGGCGGAGGCGCGAAACUGAACAAUGUCGGUGUUGGAAUCGAUGGCUACGUCCUUGGAGUCGAUCGAGACGGCGAUCUUUUUGGAUGUCAACUCGAGAGCACCGCGGUCGUCAUCCCUCCACUAGACCGACCUUCAAGUCGGGAACGGACCUACAAGGCUGUCAAGGAUGACGAACCAUUAACACCCAGCUCUCCUCAGGCUCCCAACGGACCGAGUCUGUUCAACGCUCCUCGGCAACAAAGCAUGUCCAGAAAGCCCACAUCGUCACCCCGGGAACUGUUUGAGAUGGCGGCCUCGACUUCAGCAGCACGGAAUAAUAGAUUUACGGCGGGAGAAUUGAGAGUCGAUACUUCGAGGAAUACGCGAACAUCUUCACCCUUGCGAGAGUCAGGAGGCGCUGGGGGAGCAGCAGGACCAGGAGGGUCGUCUUGGGCAGCAGCGUCGUCGCCUCGUACUUAUUAUCAUUCAAAGGCGGCACCUAGUCUUGAUAGAACGGACUCACAGAUGUCCAAGAGGAGCUAUGCCUCGGAUAUCGCCAUAUCGGGGACGCCUACAGGACUCGAUCUUUCCCAGCCCACGACACCAGUAUCCCCUCAAGUCCCAGGCAGCGAUCUUUCGUCAUCUUCAGUCGAACAAACUCCAGUGCAAAAAGCAGCAGCGGUCAUACCAGUGUCGACUCCUUCUUCACACGGCAGAGCCUCUCCAUUGAGGAUACAAACCAAGGGAGGCGAGUCGUACUUUACCUCACAGCCUAUCACCACAUUCGGACCCUCCAGCAACCUGUCACCCCUGACCAGCUUCCCUCUCGACGGCAACCCGUACACUACUGGAUCGAAGCCGUCUUCUGACAACUCGGCCGUUCAAACACCCAUCACUCCACACUCGGACAACAGUAACAAUUUCAUCCUAUCCGCCUCUUCAAAGUCCUCGUCGGGGUCCGCGUCGAACAAAAACCUGAUUCCUGCUGGUCAGCAGAAUGCCAAUCCACAGAAGGAUACCGUCGAGGAAGAGGAGAGUCAUUCAUCGAUAAUCGACGGUGCAACUCCACCUUCUUCAUCGUCAUUGAUAUCACCAUCUGUUUCGCCCUCCGACAGGGUACCCUGCGUUCCUGCCACAGGUCCUGUACCAGAGGCACAGGGACACCAACGACAGCCAGUCUUGGAGGAGGGCGAGAGGCGUUUGGAACAACAUUUCCAGCAACCUGAUGAAGGGGCCUAUGUGGAAUACGUGCACGGCUCGGCACCAUUGCCUAAUGCUACCAUUGAGUCGGUGGAAAUGGCAAUGGCAGGCAUUCAUGAACCCCGCGAUAUCCACAGUAUUUUUGACCCUCCUCAUGAUCCUCUUCCCUCGGCCUCAGCAGCGGCUGUUGGUACUGCGACAGGUAUCGACUCCCGACAGCCUUUGCGAUCACCAUUGCCACUGCCACCACCUCCUCAGCCUGCCGUAAUCGAUGCCGUAAUGCCGUCUAACCCACUACAACAGCGCAUGGAAUUGGAUCGACUCCUCAGCAACAGCGACAAGAGUGAGUGGAUCGAGAAUGGUGCGCAUCCUGCUGGUAGACCUGGUCAAACCGGUGACAAUAACUACAACAACGACGAAAUGAACGAUGGUGUGAAUAUCGCCGAACUGGAAGGCCAAAAGAACAACGACGAUGAACAUGUCUGGUAUGGCGACACUGCAGUUGUUCAACCGAACCUGGACCAAGAUAAAAGGAACUCGUCCAUGGCCUUUUCCCACCUUGAACAACCAACACCCACCGUCCUAUCGACAAUAACAAAAACAUCAGCCGCAAUAACAGGACCUUUCCAGGCGCAGUCUUCUCGGACCAUCUCUCCUUUUUCGACACAAGGGCAGCAGCAGCGACAGCCGCCUAGCUUGGAAUACAACCAGUCGACACCACCCUUCUCCAGUAACAGCAACAGUUACUACAACGACACAAACAACAGCGGUCAACCCAGAACGGCAGCAUUCCACCCCUUGGACAUCAGGCUAGAACCGAGUGAACCUCCAUCCUCGUCAGCAGCACCUCUAUCCUCGUCAGCAGCACCUCUAUCCGUAUUCCACCAACAGCAGCAAGAAGAGAACCAUUAUCUCGAGCCCCCGUAUCCGUACCAGGACCGCCUGAGCCAGCAUCGACCAAGUGACUGUUCUGAGGUGUUGAUGCUACAGCAGCAAGAAUUCCUAAGACUCACCCGUCUCCGAUCCCAGCCCUCUUCUGUCGUUACUGCCAACGACCCCGCUCUUGGUGCCUUUUCUGAAAAGACUGAGGUUCUACGGGAUUAUCCUUUGUCUGACAAGACCGAGAUCGAUUCUAUCAACAGCACAUCCCAACGUCCAGACAACAACGAGACGAUGCUGAGAAAACUCCGAGAGAAAAUCACCUCACCACCCGGGGAGGCGGGUCCGUCCAAACGUUUAUCCGUGUUCAUCCCGCCUAACUCGUUGCCACCAGAGUUCGACGAAAUCCUCAGGAAACGAGAGAGCCCCAAAAUCAACAGGGCCACUAACAAUAUCCCCAACACCAGCGCCGGCAGUAGCGGGAGAAACAGCCGAAGCAGCAGCAGCAGAGGCAACGCCAAUAUGAAUUACGCGAUCCCAGACGAAUCCUCUCACCCUUCGUACUCCUCGACACACCUCCAAAACUAUGUCAACACGACGAUGCCCCAUCCGCACCAACACCCGCAGUCUGGUCGAAGCAGUGUUCAAAGCAUCAAUCUCUCUCCCAUCAGUCCGACCCAUCUCACCAAUCCUACCAACAGCAUGACUGGCGUUUAUAACUUCAACACAAGUCAUAGGUCUAGUUCCGGUUCUGGUGCAGGUCGGAGCCCAUACGGACACGGAAAUGCGCACGGCGGCGGCGGCAGCGGCAACAACAGCAGGACGACAACGACUGUCGGGAGUGGAGUGGCACCGAGCGCGAGUUCUGGAGGGAUCACGGGGGAAGAUGCGCAGGGCCGGUGGGUGGGUAGUCCUACGGGUACGGAUAACAGAGUGUCUACUUAUGGUACCGCGGAUAUCCACAAGUCCAGGUGCUGCAUCAUCCAGUGA